UCCCGCCCGGAAGGAAAAUUUGAAGUGUUUUGAGAGCUUUUCCUUAAAUAUUGAUCAUGUAGCCGGAUAGUUUUUAAGCUUCACCUUUAUCAUUUCUCUUCAUGACUGUUUAGUAAAGACGAAAAACUUAUUCAAUGGACUCCAGGCGGCUCUCAGCACAUGCGAGUAACGCGAGCACAGAUUUCACCCAAAGCAUUGAGGAUGACCCAUUGAUCGAUGGGCCACUCAUAUCUCAGGGUGUGCUGGAGUCGGCCUUCAAAAGAGAGUUCCAAAGCCUGCCAACUACCUGGAUAGCGGGGAUACUUACAGUAGUACAUGUAGCAUACGUGAGUGUGUGUGUGGUCCUGGCGGUUCUGUGCUGGCUGACGGAUGAUCACUCUGCGGAGUGCAAAGCAGCGCUGAAUGGAGUGGACAGUCAGACCGUGGUCCUGCUUGGAAAGGUGGGCAUGUGGCUGCUGAUGUUCAUGUUUGAGCGAUGUGUACAGUACCACCACAAUGCAGUGAGGAGGAGAGGAUACCUUCAGUUCUACAGGACCACCAGAAACCUUAAACGCCUUCCGCUGCUCAUACACUCUGCAGGUAAUGCAGCAGUACUGGUGGUCAUCGCACCCUCCUCUCUGCUGGAUGAAAAAGUGAAAAAUCUUUCUGUGUAUCUGCUGCUGGUCAUCAUCUGUGUGGAACUGCUGAUGACCCUCAUAUGCCUCCUCGUAUAUACAGUACACGUGACCAGGUUUAACGCACAACGUCCAGGUCCAGAUAUCAGUGAAGAGGAGAGAUCUCACGCCUACUCCAAUGCCAGUGACACGCACACAGAGACAGGCUUCAGAGAUGGCUCCAGUCUUGAAGAGGUGGUGGAAAAACAAGCCGAUCUGAUUGAGUAUCUGAAGCAGCACAACACGCUCCUGAGCAAAAGAAUCCUCGCCCUGACCUCCCAGCAGAUCAGAGACUGAGAGCAGGAGGCAGAAAGUGAGCCUUUUCCUGUGUUUGAUUGUGUUUUUAAAUGAAAGUUUAUGGGCGUGUGUUCGUGAGUGAUCAUACGUUGACUGAUGGUGGUGGACACAGUUGACUGAUCUGAGGGCUUUUAGCGGGAAAAGAACAUCGGCAAGCUUUCCUUAACGCUUUUGUGUUCCCAUGGCAACAAGCCCUGUAAGGCAAUGGCUGCAGUAAAUAGACUCUUAUAGUCAUUCAUAUAAACUCAUGUUGACAGCGUACUGCUACGCAAGUACCCAUGAGGGUCCUGAAACCAAGUUAGUGCUCAGGUGGAAUGCUUCCCAAUAAAUUGUUCAAGGGUGGAGAAAUGGGAGAACUUUGGGGAAACUUGAUUUGAGUCUUGUCAGUUUUUUCAUUUUUGGGUUUUAGGUUUCUUUAUCACUGACCAGAGAUGUGAGCAUGUCUUCACUGUGUUUCCAAUUUGUUUUGUAGCUCUGCAGUGCACUGUACAAUAUCAAACUUUGUUUUUAGCCGUUGUCUUUGUACCCGUGUUCAAGUCUGACUGUGCCAGCUUCUCUAUGUUGUCAUUUUUCUUCUAAUAUUUAAUGCAAAGUUUUGUAUUUGUGUCUUUUUAAGGCAAAUGUGAAUUUUCUUUCACCAUAAUAAAAUCUGAUUUAUUUAACCUGUGAA